AUGAACAAUGAUGAUGGUUUUGAUAAUCUUUAUAUUAACAAUAUUCAUUCUUUUAAUGAUCUUUUGCCUAAUAACCAGGAUACAGAAGCUGGUGUUCAGUUUCAAUCUUCUCCAAUAUUACUUCACAAUUCACCUAUUUCAAAUCUACCUCCUAUGUCUUCAGCUUCAACUUCUACAAAUAUUUCUCUAAUGAGUUUAUCAUCAGCUAAUAAGGAUAAACAACUAUUUAUUAAGUUGGAUGAUUUAUCUCCUUUUAAUUUUAAGGAUCUGUCUGAGAAAACAAUACCUGAUGAUCCUCAAGUUCAACAACUUCUAUAUCACUUUAACUGUUUAGUUAAAGCUAUGGAAAAAGAACAAUCAUAUUCCUCUAAGCAAUCUUUUCUUGUUCAAAUUCCUGUCUUUAAAGGAGAGAAAUAA